UCAUGUACACACCUUCCGUACGUCGGGAUGUUGCGUUUCGAGAGGUUUGUCUAAACUCUUUUUUUCAGCUUAUCACAUGUGCAGCUUGUAUCCUCCGUUUAAUACUGAUUAGCUUAUAUCUAGUAAAACAGCGAACCUCCCAAGACGCAACAUCACAAUGUGCGUAUACCCUGUACGUGUGUAGUUUCCAUCCACUGACAAGUAAUAUGUACUCGGCGUAUCAACCAUGAUGUCUGGUCCACUCCCUCAGCCCUCAAAAUCUCAGUUUAUAUUAGAGAGAACUCAGAAUGAAGGAUUCAAUGCCACAAGCAAAACGAACAAAUUGACCCAGGUAAGACGAUGCCCGUUGGUCCAAUUGCCUCUAUCACUUUUCUGGAAUCGCAAACACUUAAGCGACAAGCCCCGCCGGUCAUUUUCAUUGGACUCUGUUGUUUUUUGCUUUUGUACCAGUAACGAGUUUGUCAGCCAAUCGUAG